AUGUGGGAAUAUCAUCAGCACCCCUUUGACCCGGGUAUACCACUCCCAUAUCAGGUCAUCGAUGAUGGCGCUGGGUGGUUUGAAGCUGUGCCACUUGCUUCCCACCAACACCACCAGCCUGCAACUCAUCAACGCAUCAGACAUCCGCCACAACUCCAACAGCAGUCAGGGCCAGCUGCUGAGGGUCUCGUUGGUCCGCCUCUGAGCAAUCUGUUUGUGCAAUACCAUCAACCGCCCCAACACAUAGCUGACCCACAACAAUUUGGGGCUUUAGUCGAGCCUGGGAGUGGUGGUGGAGGUUCAGCAACGGUGUCAACCUUUCAGCAUGGCAUCCAGGGCUAUGGCGUUGUGAGUCGACGAGGGCCCAAGCUUCCACCAAUUCGCAAUAACCUUCGCCAUGAGGAUACUCAACUUCCAGGGAUUCGUCGAAUACUCGAUCUCCCGACGGCUCACCUAGAGAUUGCUCCAUUUCAGCGUUGCCAACACCAAGAGGAGCCGUUUUCCAAAAAAGAAACAUUGUUUGUGCGUGGCCGUUCAAAGAGAACAAGCAAGCGCAGGAAAGAAUCGUUUGCCUCAGAGGAUGCCCUAGAUAAAGCUGACUCUGUAUGCCAUGCUGCACCAGCGGUCCUCAAGCACCCCCCAUUUUGGCAAGAUAUGGUGCGACCAAACGAUACGGUACACCCACCACCAAAGCGACAGCGACGUCUGCCCCCUGCUCUAUCGCCUACUCUGCCCACUGGAAUAUUCGGCAAACCUUGUCGUCUUCAAGGAGUCCCUCCUGCAACCGAGACUCCGAUGGCAGAAUCAGUACAAAGCAACGUCUGGUCAACCCCGCAACCGGAAAGUCAACAUGUGACGCGGUCGGAAGACAUCGAUGCAAGUUCACAGGCAGAGUUGAUUGUGAAGCUGGCGUCGAAGCCAAGCUUUCUCAUUACUCACAGAGCCCAUGAGGUGUUCAGCGAAGAGCACUGCGAAAAGAUCUUAUGGCUCGCCCUCCAUGGAGUGUCGAGUCCGGCUAUCGGGUGGCUGCUGAGUUUUGAACUUCCUAAACCGAGCAGUUCUGGGACGGCCAAGCGACAGAUCUUGCAGGCUAGCAUUGACAAGCUGGUGCGUUGUUUCAUCGCCGAGCUUGCAAUGGGCCAAAACAGAACAACCGGAGUCGAUGAAAUGGUUGAGCACCUGCUGCAACAGGGAGAUCGCCUCGGCUGGAGUCGAUGGAUACUUCAAAAAGCGGUUGAUUUCAUGAGUACCGCCGGGGACAAGGCAGCCAGAGAGCAAGCGUCCCGGGACCGUAAAGAUCUCGUUUUGUACAGAAUCAAUCAUGGCGGCCAAAAUCCGCAACCUGCAGAUACUCAGGCACACCGGGCCCUCAUAAGAGAACCUAUGGAGCAGAAAAUGAUGCGGGAGCAGUUUGGGUACCGUGAGGGAAGUCACGAUGCGGAGCGAAAGUUGAUGAAGAAAUGGUUGCACAAGAUCCGCGAACUUGGCGAGCUGCCCGAUCGUUUGACAGAGGCUGAAGUCGGAACAGGCACCUCAGAGCCCGAACAGACCGAAAUAUCUGGUGACCACAAGAUGACGCUGUGA